CCCCAAAGUGAGCACCGUGCCAAAAAUCGCACAUCGCGUAAACUUCGUAUUUACAUCGACAAAAACUUCGUAAAAGAAACUUUUUUCUAGACUUUCUUUCAAGACAGUGUUGUGCAUAAUGUUGGACAAAAGCAUCGUUGGUGGUAGUUGGGAGAGCGUUGUCUCGCGAGAUGACUACGAUUACGAGUACAGCCCGAGUCCAAGGGGAUCUCCGCUGAAGGAUACCUCGAACAUCCAGGACGAGCAACCGUACAUCCUGAGCCGGCACAACCCGAACAAGACCUUCCGGCGAGAGGCGGUCAUCGCCUCCUGGAAGAAUCUAAAGAAGGAGCGCGAGCAGGCGCUGGGUAAGAGGAUAAUCUACAUCGACGCCGACAAAUACGAGGACUACUACGGCAGGAACAAGGUGAAGAGAUGCAAGAGCGAGAGGACGGCUAACAUCCCUCGCGAACAGAAGAAGGUGAAGAGGACGUACUCCGUCCUGUAUCGGUACGAUCCCCACCAGGAAAAGGUGGUCAAAGAGUACAAGUACCAGCUACCGAAGGAAACAGAGACGCCGGUGCAUUCGAGCAUACAGAAGUGUCAUUCUGAACCUUUCCUGCUGACGGAGAAGAAGCCCAGGAAGAAAGUCAAGCGAUCCAUCACCACCUUGCUGAGCAUCAAAACUAAAUUCUUGAACAUUUUCUCGUCCAAGAGUUAGACAUAUUUUAAUUGAUUAGGGAUAUAGUUGCUCAAUUGAUUGCAUUUUCUUAGAAUAUAUAAAUUCUUAAGAAGCCUGAAAGGCGAAACAAAUUAGUUAGAAAUUGAAAACUGCCAAGUAAUUUAAUUUAGAAAAGUAUGCACUUUUGUAAUUUGAAUACGGAGUACCUUUUGCUCUAGCAUUGGAACUGGUAAUGUGUUUAAUAAAGUGCAAAAGUUGCUCGCUACUAAUGUUAGAAACUUUUGAAUGCAAAUGUUUUAGUAUUCAAACAAGCGACUUCUAAAAUUAAAUCUUAUGCAAUGCAGCACCUCUAAUAAUAACUUCUGCACAGUAAGAUAGUGUUGUCAACAUUAUUUAUAGUAUUAUUUAGUUAAGUAUUAUAAUAUUUGUGAUAUUUUGU